GUCGUGAGACCGCGAUUGACUGAUCGUUCUGUGACGUGGAGCAGUAACGUUUGGCGUUUCUGAAUUAUUCUGGAACGGAUUUUUAAACUGGGAUCAUCAUGAGGGUCCAGCAAAUACUAAUAUGUUGCACUCUCGUCGCUGCCAUAUCUUUCGCAACUUCGAGCCCAGCAUCGCUGUUCAGUGGAGCCGUCUUUCCCGACGACGAAAAGUGGCCUUCACCUCUCGUUAAAUACAAAUUCGAAAAUUCAAAAGAGGAAUCGAAUCACGUAAAGGACUACGAGCUUUGCCAAACGAACGAGUGCAGAAAAAUUGCCGAAGAGUUUAGCAGCAGUUUGAACAAGUCGAUUGACCCAUGCGAGGAUUUUUACGAAUUCAGCUGCAGCGGAUGGGGCAAUAAAAAUCCUAUUCCUCCGAGCCUACCGUCUUGGAGUCGCUACAUGCUGUUCCAACAAACGGUUCAUCAUCGCAUCAAAGAAAUUUUGGAAACCGAGCCAGAACCCAGUGACAUUCUGCCUGUACGUCAAGCCAAGAAAUGGUAUCGUUCUUGUAUGGAUACAGAAACACUGGAAGAAAGAGGAAUGAAGCCUAUCGAAUCCAUUUUACUUCGAGCCGGUGGUUGGCCCAUAGCAAUGGACGAUGAAGAGUGGGACUCGGAAGUGUACACUUGGCAAGAAGUCGAACGUGAUUACGCUCGUUUGACAGGUGCUUACACUUUCUUCGAUUUGCGUGUCGGCCCGUCACAAGAUGAGAAUGAAUACGGCCGAAUAAUGAUCGUGUACGGCGACUUGCCUCUCGAACAACAAAUGCCUCUCAAGUACCGAAAUUACGAAGGCGACGAUUACGAGGAAUACGUGAAUUUCGUAGCAGAAGUUGCAGGAAUAUUUGUAGCGUUGAGUCGAGCUGAUGUAUCUGAAGAAAAAAUACGACAAGAAGCGAAAGCCAUGGUCGAAUUUGAAAAACAACUUUACGAGAUUCGAGAUUUUUCAAAAAAUGAAGAAAUGACGAUGGAAGAAUUCGUCGAUUGGUACAAAAAUAAUGUGACCGAACAGAAUGCGGAUUCAAAGUCGAUAAUCGAUUGGCAAGUUCUGAUUCAGGGCCUAUUUGAUCCUGUUAAUAUCAAGGUGCAUCCAUCGACGCCGAUGUUAGUCUACGGUGUCAGUUAUUUUGUCGGAAUUCGUGAUCUAUUGGCAGAAACUCCUGUGAGAACGAUCGUGAACUUUAUACAUUGGAACUUCGUCGCAAACAUGUUAACUUACACGACUAAAGAUGCGACCGACGUGUUGUACGCUCUUCUCAUGGAAGAAUAUGGCAUCAAAGAACGACCUCCGCGUUGGUCCGAGUGUGUGGACGAAAUGAAAAUGACAGAUGCUGCGGCAUACGCAUUCGUGAAUAAAUACGUAACAAAAGAGACAGAAGCGAAGGUUUUGAAAAUGACGAAAAACAUACAAUCCGCGAUGGAAGAUCAAAUAGAAAAAUCGGGCUGGCUCGACGAAGAAUCCAAGGCACUGGCCAAAGACAAACUCAACAGCAUGAGAGUUUUUGUUGGCUUUCCCGAUUGGUAUAAGAACAAGAAAGCCGUACUGCAGUCUUACAAAGGGUUGAGCAUCGGAACAGAAUACUUCGACAACACUUUGAGCUUCAUGAGAUACAAGAGAAAACAAGAACUGAAGAAAUAUACAGGCAACGAGGAAGAUGACGAUCCAUGGAUGCUUGAUCCGAUAACUGUCAAUGCUGCUUACCUGCCCGAGGAUAAUUUACUGAAUAUUCCAGCAGCGGAUUUCCAAUCACCUCUUUUCACUCCACAUAUGCCAGACACUGUGAACUAUGCAACAGUCGGUGUUAUCGUUGGUCACGAAAUCGGUCACGGAUUUGAUGACGACGGUAUUCAGUUUGGUAAAGACGGCAAUAAAACGAAACUUUCGGAGACCAUGUUAAAGAGUUUUUACCGAAGAGCGAACUGUUUUAUUGAUCAGUAUGAGGUUUAUUACGAGGAACCGAAAGGAUCGGGAACGACAGAAAGCAGUGACAGCAGCGAAGAAAUUAUGAAAGUCUCGCGUCAAAGAUCGCACAUAACGAGAGGAGAAAAUAUGGCCGAUACAACGGGUAUUCAAGCCGUUUUUGAAGCUUACAAGAAAGUGAAAAAAGCUAAUGGUAGCGUGAGACUUCCAGGGCUCGAGGAAUACACGGACGAGCAAUUGUUUUUCAUUUCAUUUGGGGCGAUGUGGUGCGAAGCUGGAACUCCGCAGUACGAAAAGAAGAGAAAGCAAUCUGGCGAUCCGCACAGCCCGUCAAAAAUCAGAGUCAUCGGAGCAGUGUCAAAUACUAAAGGAUUCGCCGAAGCAUUCAAUUGCCCGGUGGGGACCGCCAUGAAUCCCGUGAACAAAUGCAACAUUUGGGAAAAAUCUAGUGAAGAGACAGAUCCGAAAGCAGCGUGGAUGAACAAAAAGCAUCAUCGCUGGGGAGGACAAUGGAGAAUUUAAAAUAAUAAUCUACCAAUCUCAAUAUAACUACCUUAAACUUUGCAUCGCAUUCAUCGAUUUGACACAGUUCAAUUUGACGGCUUGUUACAAGUACUAUGUAAAUCAUUAGUAAACUUGGAAUCGCUGAAAA